UCUUAUAUCUUAUAUAAUUUCGUUGCCAUUGCUGACUACAACCAUCGCAUGUAUAUCAAUUUUAUUAUUUAUGAAGCGCUAUCACUUUUACCCGAAGCAUUCUUUGACAGCGUGCAAGUGUGGCGUUUGAUUACAUAUCCUUAUCCACAUUAUUCACUUGGAAAUAUACUUUUUAAUUUACUCGCAUUUUUACCUUUAAGUACAGCAAGAGAACAUACUAUUGGUUCUCUGAUUUUCGGUUAUAAAGAAAUUGGAGUUGGAGGGUUAAGUGCUUGGAUAUUUGGUGUUGUGGUUUGGGAAAGUAGAGAAUUAGCUGGACGUGAAAGAGACAUAUUUGGAUUGUUUAGAGUUCCGGCACAUUUUUAUCCUAUUGUAGUAUCAUUAUUGAUGGAAAUUUUAUUUAAUCAUAAAUGGUUUGCAAGUCACUUAUGUGGCUUAUUUGUAGGAUAUUUUU